UACGCCGAGUCAGCAUUUCCUUUUACUGCUGCUGCUGCCACCAAACACCAGCCCACCUUCUCCCCAAGUUUCCAAUCCUCAUUCAUUCUCCUCUCUUCUCCUUCCUUGCUUCAAGCGAACACAACACAGAGAGAGGGAGAGAAGGAAGAGAAAAAAGAUAAAUCGCGAUCAAACCCUCGAAUCCUCCACCGGAGUUGGCUGCUCCUCUUCGCGUCGCGAUUCGGGCGAUCGGCGCGGGCGGAGAGCGCGGGCUUCCCCAAGCCCGGCGAUUCAAUCGGAUGGAGCGCGUGUUCUCGGUGGAGGAGAUCCCCGACCCGUUCUGGGCGUCUCAGCCGCCGGCGUCGCGGGACUCGAACGCUGGCACCGGCGCUGGCCCCGCGGCGCCCGGAGAAGGAGGAGGCGGCGCGAUGAACCGGUGCCCGUCGGAGUGGUACUUCCAGAAGUUCCUGGAGGAGGCCGUGCUCGACAGCCCCGUCGGCGGGAACCCUAGCCCGAGGGCCGCCCCGGGCGGCGGCGGCGGUGUGGUGGUGGGUGGAGCGGAGGCUGUGGAGGUCAAGCAGCAGCCUGCGCCUGCGCCUGCUGCUGCUGCGGCGGCGGCGGCCACGAGCGCGGUGGUGGACCCCGUCGAGUUCAACGCGAUGCUCAAGCAGAAGCUGGAGAAGGACCUCGCCGCCGUUGCCAUGUGGAGGGCCACCGGUGUGAUGCCGCCAGAACGUUUUGCUGCUAGUUCCUCCUUGCCAAAUGCAGAUGUUUCACAUAUAGGCACCACUAAUCCCAUAGGAGGCAAUGUGGUUCCAGUUCAAAACCAGCUAGUUGGUGGCACAAGUGGGGAGCAGGGUCCACAUUUUGUACAAUCUGACACCCUUGUAAAGCAAGCUGCUAGCUCUUCCUCGCGGGAGCAGUCAGAUGAUGAUGAUAUGGAAGAAGAUGAGAUUACUGGGAAUGCAAACCCUACUGAUCAAAGACUACGGAGGAGGAAGCAAUCAAAUCGGGAAUCGGCCAGGCGUUCGAGAAGCAGAAAGGCAGCUCACUUGAAUGAGCUAGAAGCACAGGUAUCACAGUUAAGAGUUGAGAACUCCACACUGUUAAGGCGCCUUGCUGAUGUUAAUCAGAAGUACAAUGGUGCUGCUGUUGACAAUAGGGUAUUAAAGGCGGAUGUUGAAACCUUAAGAGCAAAGGUGAAGAUGGCAGAGGACUCAGUGAAGCGGGUGACAGGCAUGAGCGCUCUGUUCCCUCCUGGAUCUGAUAUGUCAUCACUCAGCAUGCCCUUCACCGGUUCUCCAUCAGAUGCCACCUCCGAUGCUGCCGUCCCAGAUGACCUAAACAAUUACUUCUCCACAAACAGUGAUGUUGGUGGUAGCAAUGGUUACAUGCCUGAGAUGGCUUCCUCUGCUCAAGAGGACGAUGAUUUCAUCAACGGGGCCCUGGCUCCAGGCAAGAUGGGCAGGGCCGAGUCACUGCAUCGGGUGGCAAGUCUGGAGCAUCUCCAGAAGAGGAUGUGCGGCGGGCCAGGGCCAGCUUCAUCGGGAUCGACCUCCUAGGAGCCUGCUCACUUCGGGUCAGUAAGUCCCAAGGAAUGAUAAUUGGCUAGACAUAUCUCAGCGGGCAUUUUGUAAUCAUGUGUUUGUUAAUUUAUUGACUGUUACUCCUUGUCGCUCUGUUCCAAAAACACAGCAAAUUGGCAAAAUUGUGCGUUUUUGUUGUUACUUGGUUACUUUGAGCGUCUGAUUUCAA